ACACAGGCCCCGCCCUUGCCGUACGCCAUCAGCCGGCGCCGCGCCGCCGGGUGUUACUUUGCCCCGCCGGCGGGGCUGUCAGCCUCCUGUCACCGCCUGUUCCGGCUAUGGUCCCGUCCGGUGUUCUGUAAGUUGGCAACCUAGGCUCCUGACGCGACCCUGGUCCUGAUGGCGGCGGCGACGGCCGCGGCAGCCCUGGCGGCGGCCGAUCCCCCUCCCGCAAUGCCGCAGGCGGCAGGGGCCGGAGGGCCCACAACCCGCAGAGACUUCUACUGGCUGCGCUCCUUUCUGGCCGGAGGUAUUGCUGGAUGCUGUGCCAAAACAACAGUUGCUCCAUUGGAUCGAGUAAAGGUUUUAUUACAAGCUCACAAUCACCAUUACAAGCAUUUAGGAGUAUUUUCUGCAUUGCGUGCUGUUCCUCAAAAAGAAGGAUUCCUUGGAUUGUAUAAAGGAAAUGGUGCAAUGAUGAUUCGAAUCUUUCCCUAUGGUGCAAUCCAGUUUAUGGCAUUUGAGCAUUAUAAAACGUUAAUUACUACGAAGCUGGGAAUUUCGGGUCAUGUGCACAGAUUAAUGGCUGGAUCCAUGGCAGGUAUGACAGCAGUUAUCUGUACUUACCCUCUUGACAUGGUUAGGGUCCGCCUAGCAUUCCAGGUGAAAGGGGAACACACCUAUACAGGAAUUAUUCAUGCAUUCAAAACAAUUUAUGCAAAGGAAGGUGGUUUCUUUGGAUUUUACAGAGGUCUGAUGCCUACUAUUUUAGGAAUGGCUCCAUAUGCAGGUGUUUCAUUUUUUACUUUUGGUACCUUGAAGAGUGUUGGGCUUUCCCAUGCUCCUACCCUUCUUGGCAGACCUUCAUCAGACAAUCCUAAUGUCUUAGUUUUGAAAACUCAUGUAAACUUACUUUGUGGUGGUGUUGCUGGAGCAAUAGCACAGACAAUAUCCUACCCAUUUGAUGUGACUCGUCGGCGAAUGCAAUUAGGAACUGUUCUGCCAGAAUUUGAAAAGUGCCUUACCAUGCGGGAUACUAUGAAGUAUGUCUAUGGACACCAUGGAAUUCGAAAAGGACUCUAUCGUGGUUUAUCUCUUAAUUACAUUCGCUGUAUUCCCUCUCAAGCAGUGGCUUUUACAACAUACGAACUUAUGAAGCAGUUUUUUCACCUCAACUAAAAAAAAAUUAUGGUUGGUUUUUCUUAAUACAUUCUCAGAGGGAGAAAUGAAACAUUACUAUAAUUGUGGGGGGAACAUUACUUGAAUAGGGAUAUUUACCCUGUCACAAGAGCCACUGGUAUUUUAGUACUUGAUUAUUUUUUCUUUAGUCACAAAUCAGAAGUGCUUACCAUACUUUUUGAUGCCAAACAUUAUACCUUAGAACAUUGAAGAAAAUAUUCCUAAGCUGAUGCUGGCUAAACCGCUUUAAAGUUUUAUUUGGAAGUAGAACUAGCUUUAAAACGGGGUUCAAGAGGUUGCCAUUAGCUUUGUCAUGCUGUUCAAAGUUUUUAAUUGUUAUCAUGGUUUUUAAAAGACUGACAGUGUUUAUUAUUAUUAAAAUAAACAGGGUUGGUUAUAUUGCAACAGAAUAAUGAGAAUUGAAUUUUUAAGUUCUAUGAAACAGCCAGCAUUGACAUUUUAUUUUUGUUAUCUCUCUUCUCACAAUUAUGCUCCACUGGAUAAUAGGAAAAACACUUCUUUCCUUCAUUUUUUAAAUAAAAUUAAUGUUGUAUUUAAAAAGUAGCCAUGUAGAGACACAAAAAUAAAUGAAGAAGCUGGACAUGGUGGGAUGGGCAUGUGGUUGAUCCCAGCUACUCUGGAAGCUGAGGUGAGAGGAUCACUUGAGCCCUGGAAUUCCAUGCCAGCCUAUGCAACAUCAUGAAACCCCGCUUAAUAAAUGAAUGAACGACUAAGUCUUGCUCAAAUGUUAUUAUGAGGUACUAUGAGUGACUUACAUGUGUUUUAAAAUGUCAGUGUGUUUCCCAGAGGCAGAAAUAAAAAUACUGAAUAUCUUUGCUCUUAAAAACAAAGUAGCACUAUAGAUUUGUUUUUGUUAGAUGAUUUACUCUAUACUAGAAUAUUUAAGUAGACUGUGAAAUAUUUAUUAAUAUAGAUGUGAAUAUCAAAAAAUGUUUCUAAGGUAUUAUGAUGCAUCAACUAGUUCUUCCAUGUAAAAUAACUUUAGUGCAAUAUGAAGACGUAGAAAUGUAAAAUAUGAUUUGAAUUGUUAUCCUUUAUAUUAAGAAAAUGUUUUAAAAUGUAAGAAUUCCAUUUAUUCUGUUUAGAGUACUUUUUAUGAUUUAUUAUAAGCAUGUCAGAAAUGGGAAGGGAAUAUUUAAAGUUCUGUGUUCAGAAAGAGUAAUUUGUAGAACUGAUGUGACUUUUUUUUUUUUUUUUUUGAGAUGGAGUCUCGCUCUAUUGCCCAGGCUGGAGUGCAGUGGCGCGAUCUCAGCUCACUGCAACCUCUGCCUCCCGGGUUCAAGUGAUUCUCCUACCUCAGUCUCCCGAGUAGCUGGGACUACAGGUGCCCACCACCAAAAAUUCGCCUGGCUAAUUUUUGUAUUUUUAGUAGAGAUGGGAUUUCACCGUGUUAGCCAGGAUGGCCUCGAUCUGCUGACCUCAUGAUCUGCCCACCUUGGUCUCCCAAAGUGCUGAGAUUACUGGCGUGAGCCAUGGCGCCCGGCCCUUUGAUGGGACUUUAAAGACAUUAGAAGGCCGGGUGUGGUGGCUCACGCCUUUAUUCCCAGCACUUUGGGAGGCCGAGUUGGGUGGAUCACCUGAAGUCAGGAGUUUAAGAUCAGCAUGGUGAAACCCCACCUCUACUAAAAAUACAAAAAGUAGCAGGUGUGGUGGCUCGUGCCUGUAGUCCCAGUUACUCGUGAGGCUGAGACAUGAGAAUUGCUUGAGCUUGGGAAGCGGAGUUUGCAGUGAGCUGAGAUCACACCACUGCACUCCAGCCUGGGUGACAGAAUGAGACUCCAUCUCAAAAAAAAGGAGAUAUUAGAAAACUAAGUUGAGGCCAGGCGUGGUGGCUCUUGCCUGUAACCCUAGCACUUUGGGAGGCUGAGGCGGGAGGAUAUCUUGACCCCAGGAGUUCGAGACCAGCCUGGGCAACAUAGUGAGACCCCGUUUCUUUUAAACAAAAGAAGGAAAACUAAGUUGAAAGUGUUAUUUUUGCUUCAAUUUUUAUUUCUUUACAUAAAAGGUUUCUUGUCAUACCUUGGUAGAAAUUUGAUGAGCUGGUUUCAUUUUGAAAGCCUUUAUUUUAAAAAUAAGUAUGUAUCUUUGUAUGAUUUAUAAGUGUACCAGUAGGUAGAAAUACAUGUGUUCUUGGCCAGAUGUGGUGGCUCACGCCUGUAAUCCCAGCAUUUUGGGAGGCUAAGGCGAGUGGAUCACCUGAGCUCAGGAGUUCGAGACCAGAGUGGCCAACGUGGAGAAACCCUGUCUCUACUAAAAAUACAAAAAUCAGCCGGGCAUGGUGGCGGGCGCCUGUAAUCCCAGCUACUUGGGAGGCUAAGGCAGGGAGAAUUGCUUGAACCCAGGAGGCACAGGUUGCAGUGAGCCAAGAUUGCACCAUUGCACUCCAGCCUGGGCGGCUGUAUAAAAGCCUGUAUAAAAAUUUCUUUUAUGCAGAGUGAGACUAUAUAAAAGAAAAAAAAAGGCUGUACAAAAAUUUCUUUUAUACAGAGUGAGACUGUAUAAAAGAAAAAAAAAAGAAAAGAAAUACAUGUGUUCUUAAAACCAUUUGUAUAUUUUCAUUUCUAGACCACACUGUAGCUAAUUAUUGUUAUUAAAUGUUAAGAUAAUUUAAGUAUAUAAAAUAAGUAUUGAGCCGGGCAUGGUGGCUCACCCCUGUAAUCUCAGCACUUUGGGAGGCUGAGGUGGGGGGAUCACGAGGUCAGGAGAUCAAGACCAUUGUGGCUAACAUGGUGAAAACCCAUCUCUACUAAAAAUACAAAAAAUUAGCUGGGCGUGGUGGCACGCACCUGUAGUCCCAGUUACUGGGGAGGCUGAGACAGGAGAAUCACUUGAACCUGGGAGGCGGGGUUUGCAGUGAGCCGAGAUCGUGCCACUGCAUUCCAACCUGGGCGACAGAGCAAGACUCCAUCUCAAAAAAAAAAAAAAAAAAGAUACCUCAGUUAUGUUAUCAGUAAAAGGGGAUUGCAAAUAUCUUUUAAAUAAAAAUUUGCAUUCUAUAUGUUAUAGAAUACAGAGGAUAUUAAAAAUAAAUUUUAUCCAUGUUUUGACAAUUUCUUUCUUUUAACUGUUUACAUAUUGAAGCACAAAUGCUAAACAUAAGUCAGAAUGGAAGAAUAUUUAAAAUAAUGACUGUGUUUAUAUCUGAUUUAUUUCAGAUAGAUUACCCAAAGUGCAUCUUGCCAGGUUAUCUUCCAUUUGAAGACUGACAUUUUAUUUCUUUUUUGAUCUUUAUUGUUCCUCUCUUCCACCUCUCAGUGGGUAUAGCUCUCUGGUCUGUAGAAUGGGACAGUGGUCUGGUUUCCAGAUUGAUAAGUGAGGUGUACCUCCUAGUUUUCAAUAAUUACCUGUAGAAGGUGGAGAAGUUACUGGAUAUGUUUAAUAAUAUCUCAUUACAUUCUUUUUUUUUUUUUUUUUUUUUUUAACGAGAGUCUUAACUCUGUCACCCAAGCUGGAGUGCAGUGGUGCAAUCUCGGCUCACUGCAAUCUCCACCUCCGGGUUCAAGCGAUUUUCCCGAGUCAUCUUUCCAAGUAACUGGGAUUACAGCUAUGUGCUACCAUGCCCGGCUGAGUUUUGUAUUUUUCUUUCUUUUUUUUUUUUCUUUGAGACAGAGCCUCACUCUGUUGCCCAGGCUGGAGUGCAGUGGUGUGAUCUCAGCUCACUGCAACCUCCACCUCCUGGGUUCUAGCGAUUCUCCUGCUUCAGCCUCCCGAGUAGCUGGGAUUACAAGCACCUGCCACCACGCCCAGCUAAUUUUUGUGUAUUUAGUAGAGCUGGGUUUUGCCCUGUUGGCCAGGCUGGUCUUGAAUACCUGACCUCAAGUGAUCUGCUCCCUCCGACUUCCCAAAAUGCUGGGACUACUGGCAUGAGCCAGUGCUCCUGUCCUCAUUCCAUUCUUCACCGUGGUACUGACCAUCCAUUUAUUCAGCACCAAUUGUGUGCCAGACCUUGUGUCAGCAUUAUGGAGGACUUCCCUUGGGAGGCUUGUUAGCUGUACUUGCAAUCUGAUUUGGGUUCCCAAAUCAGCAUAUAAUACCAGGUAUUUCUCUAAUAGAGUAUGUGCCACACUUUAUGCUAACUGCCUGUUUAUCAGUGUCCCCACAUCCCAACAUCUGGUUCCUUCAAGGGCAGGGAGCACAGGGUAUGGCAUCAGAGUGGUACUCAGUGAUGUUUACUGGUGGGUAGAAGGAAGGGUUAGUCCCUGUUUUUGAAGACUUUAUGUUCUAGCAGGGAGAAAUGAAGCACAAAUAGUUCAAGAAGUAAACAAUUUAGAAAUAAAGUCAUUUGGUUUGCUUCGCAGAAAUGUCUUAUUGCUGAUUUGCCAGCAUGAGUGGCAAAUAUAUAAUAAAACCUGGCCGGGCAUGGUGGCUCACGCCUGUAAUCCCAGCACUUUGGGAGGCCAAGGUGGGCGGAUCACGUGGUCAGGAGAUCAAGACCAUCCUGGCCAACAUGGUGAAAUCCCAUCUCUACUAAAAAUAUAAAAAUUAGCCAGGCAUGGUGGUGGGCGCCUGUAGUCCCAGCUACUCGGGAGGCUGAGGUAGGAGAAUUGCUUGAACCCAGAAGGUGGAGGUUGCAGUGAGCCAAGAUUGCCCCACUGCACUCCAGCCUGGGUGACAGAGUGAGACUCUGUCUCAAAAAAAAAAAAAAGAAUAAAUAAAUGAAUAUAUAAAAUAAAUAUAUGUAUACAUAUCAUUUAUAUAUAUAUAUAAAAUAAAACUUAUGAAUAGUUUUUAUGGCUGGGUGAAGUGACUCAUGUCUGUAAUUCUAGCCCUUUGAGAGGCUGAGCGAGGAGGAUCACUUGAGCCUCGGCAUUCGAGCCCAGCCUGGGCAACAUUGCAAGACUCUGUCUCAUUUUUUUAUAUAAAAUGUUUUUUUAAAAAACCCUAUGUAUAAUUAUUUAUUUUUUUUCCCCAAGGAUUAUUCCCAAACUAUGUACAAUUAAUGGGUUGCCUUGCAGAGUUGGAUCAAUAAUACCUGACACACUUGUAUAGCAAGCAUACACUUUACAUAGUUCCUCGCAUCUAUUCUUUGAAUCCCAGACACAUUCUAGUAUUGGGCACUAGAAACUGGUGAUAAAUAAUAACAAUUACAUAUAUUAUGUGGCAUUCCUUGUUUUAAGCACCUUUGAUGCCUUAGCUCAAUCUCCAUUACAAUACUAUGAUAUAAGUACCAUUUAAUAUUUCUUUUUGACAGAUGGGAAUAAUCGAGGCCUAGGGAGAUUAAAUUACUUGGCCAGGUUCACGUAAGUGGCAGAUCUAGGAUUCAAAUUCAGCCGGUCUGAAUUUGAGCCUAUUCUUUUAGCUAUGAUGCUAUACUUUAAUACAGUAAUACACUGUUCAGAUGAAACUGUAACAUGUCAUUAAAUUUGAACUUGUCAAUAAACAUGCCAAGCAAUAAAAUAAUUACAGCUUGUGGAAAGUGCUUAUGAAAACAGUAAAUAAGCUACUUGAGAAUGGUCAAGGAAAGGUUUCUUUGAUGUGCUAUAUGUACAUUCAACAGACACAUGGAGGAUGAAAAGGAGACAGCCAUGCAAAGAGUUCAGGGGAAAGACUGGCCCAGGUGAAGAGAACGCCAAGAACAAAAACCCCGAAACAGGAAAAAGUUUGGUUUGACAAUGGAAUUGCCGAAAGGCUGGUGUGACUGAAGUAUUGUGCAUGAAGGAGUAGCAACAGAUGGAGUUAAAGAAAUAGACAAAGGCGGUGGGGCGUGGUGGCUCAUGCCUAUAAUCCCAGCACUUUGGGAGGCUAAGAUGGGUGAAUCUCGAGGUCAAGAGAUCAAGACCAGGCCAGGCAUGGUGGCUCACUACUGUAUUCCCAGCACUUUGGGAGGCUGAGGUGGGCGGAUCACAAGGUCAGGAGUUCAAGACCAGCCUGGCCAACAUAGUGUUAACUCUGUCUCUACUAAAAAUACAAAAAUUAGCCGGGUGUGGUGGCAUGUGCCUGUAGUCCCAGCUACUCGGGAGGCUGAGGUGGUAGGAUCGCUUGAAUCUGGGAAGUGGAGGUGGCAGUGAGCUGAGACCACGCCAUUGCACUUCAGCCUGGGUGACAGACUGAGACUCCAUCUCAAAAAAAAAAAAAAAAAAAAAGAUCAAGACUAUCCUGGCUAACAUGGUGAAAUCCCAUCUCUACUAAAAAUACAAAAAUUAGCUGCGCGUGGUGGUGUGCACCUGUAGUCCCAGCUACUCGGGAGGCUGAGGCAGAUGAAUCACUUGAACCCAGGAGGUGGAGAUUGCAGUGAGCUGAGAUCGCGCCACUGCACUCCAGCCUGGUGACAGAGUAAGACUCCAUCUCAAAAAAAAUAAAUAAAUAAAUAGACAAAGGCCAGAUCAUGUAGCCAUUUACAGGAUAUGGUAAUGAUUUUGUUUUUUAUUCUAAAUGCAAUGGGAAGGCCGGGUGCAGUGGCUCACACCUGUAAUCCCAGCACUUUGGGAAGCCGAGGCUGGCGAAUCACCUGAGGUCAGGAGUUUGAUACCAGCCUGGCCAAGAUGGUGAAAUGCUGUCUCUACUAAAAAUACAAAAAAUAGCUGGGCGUUGUGGCGCACGUCUAUAAUCCCAGCGACUUGGGAGGCUGAGGGAGGAGAAUUGCUUGAACCCAGGAGGUGGAGGUUGCAAUGAGCUGUGAUCACGCCACUGCACUCCAGACUGGGUAACAGAGUGAGACUCCAUAUCAAAAAAAAAAAAAAAAAAAAAAGAA